GGAAUCCCAAACAAACCCCUCGGGAAGGGCUGGAAAGCUGAGCCCGGCCGGGAGCUGCGCUCGUGACGCCUGUGAGCAGCUCCCGGCUGACACGGCCCAGCAGCUGCCACCCCCUGCUCCUGCCACCCCCUGCUCCUGCCACCCCCUGCUCCCGCCCGGGCCUUCGCAGCCGCUCAGAUGCGCCGGGAUUUCGGGAGCCCUCGGGAAUCACCGGCCGGGCUCCGCCGAGAGCAGCGGGCCAGGGCGGGAUGGAGGAGAGCAAACCCCUGAAGGUCCGUCUGGCGUUCACCGUGCUCCUGGUGGGCGUCUCGCUCCUGUUUGCGGCCGUGGUGACGGAUCACUGGGCCGUGCUGAGCCCCAGGGUGGAGCAGCUCAACGCCAGCUGCGAGGCCGCUCACUUCGGGCUGUGGCGACUCUGUACCAAGCGGAUUUUUAUGCAGGAGGAAGGUCCCAAAGAGAAGGGCUGUGGGCCCAUAAGCCUGCCAGGAGAACACAACUGCUCCUAUUUCAAGCACUUCACACCAGGACAGAGCUCAGAGAUAUUUGAAGUGACCACCCAAAAAGAAUACAGCAUUUCAGCUGCAGCCAUUGCCAUCUUCAGCGUUGGCUUUGCAAUCAUCGGAACAAUCUGCGUCCUCUUGUCCUUCAGGAAGAAGAGGGACUAUCUGCUGAAGCCUGCCUCCAUGUUCUACACCUUCGCAGGUCUCUGUAUCAUCAUCUCCGUGGAAGUCAUGAGACAAUCCGUGAAGAGGAUGAUUGACAGUGAGGAGACAGUCUGGAUAGAGUACAGCUACUCCUGGUCCUUCGCCUGUGCCUGCGCCGCCUUCGUCCUGCUCUUCGUCUGCGGCAUCACCCUCCUCCUCAUCGCGCUGCCCCGCUUCCCCCAGAACCCCUGGGAGACCUGCAUGGAUGCAGAACCAGAGCACUGAUGUUCCCAGCACCUAUGAAAGAAGCCAGAAAGCGUUUGGAAAAUAUUUGUAUUUUUUAAAACGUCUGGAUCUCACUACACGGUGUGCACUCCAUUACCUAAGUCAUUACUGUACCAAGGCAUGUUCUAUUGUCAUUAUUGCUUUUUUUUUUCUCCUUUUUUUUCUUUUUAAGGAAGCAGAAAGAGCACUCAGGACCAGCAUGGGCCAUGGAGUUGGGGAGGGGAGACCCAGGAAUGCAGGGAGGGGACCUGAGAGUGCAGGGCUGGGAUGUGCAUCCGUCGUGGAUGAACAGCACAUCCCAACCUGGGGAUGCCUCAUCCUGUUAUAUUAACAUCCACCCUGCCCUGUUCUAUUAAACAGUUAAAGGAAAAACAAAUCCCAAAUAACUUCCCCCAGCAUUGGGAUAAAAAUUUAUCCUACAGAUUUACACCCUGCAGUUCCUUUCUUUUGAAUUAAGCACAAAAAGCCCGCAAGAUACAGUUUCUGUUCUGCUCAAACUUUGAUAGGAGAGCCAAGAAGUACUGAACAUUAAGAGUGGUAUUUUUCCUUUAAUAAAAAGCAUAAUCUUCCAGUA